GGCUGCUGGGGGGCGUGCGGGAGUUUGAUAUGCAGCACCUGGACGGCGAGGGCCAGGUGCGCCGCGGCCGCAGGCUGCUGCACGCGCUGCUGACCCUGCCCGAGGGCGGGGAGCAGCUGGGCUUCUUCGCACCCGAGUUCGGGGAGGCGCUGCGGGCACCGCGGGGUGUGGACCUGCACGCGGUGGCUGUGCGGCUGGACGCGGGGCUCUACCAGAGCACUGGUGACUGGCUGGCCGCCCUCAGCUCGGACGUGCGGGCGGCUCUGUCGCUGUGGCGAGCGGCGCUGAGCAGCCCCCGGGGCAAGAGCAUUCCCGGACACCAGGACGCGGAGGCCUCCCUCGCUGACGUGGCCGAGCGAAAGCUGCAGGAAAUCCUGGCCAACCCCGAAACUACACUCGCAUUGCCAGCACCUCCACCACCACCGACAGCAGCAGCAGCAAACAAGGCGCAGGGAGGUGACGUGGAAAUGCAAGACGCCGAUGCAGCAGCCGGGGCCUCCGGCGCCGCCGGGGGCAGCGGGGGCGGCAAGGGCAAGGGUGGUGGCAAGGGGCGGAAGGGGCGUGGAGGCGGCGGCAGGGGCGGUCGCAAGGGCGAGGAGGGCAGCCAGGCGGGGGCUCAGUCGCAGCCGCAGUCUCAGGGAGUGGCGCCGGAGGGGGAUGAGGAGGAGGAGGAUGCAGCGGCGCUGGACGACCCCACACGGCUGUUCAAUCCGCGAGACGGAUGCAGGGUGUGCUGGCUGGACGAGGACAAGAACCGCAUCCUGCUGUGCGACUGCUGCGACGGGGAGUACCACUGCUACUGCGUUGAGCCGCCGCUGCUGGAGGUGCCCGAGGGAUCCUGGUUCUGCCCCUCCUGCACGUCCAAAGGCCUGGGGCCGCCCAAGGCUGAGGGCGCGGAUGACGUCACUGACGCCCUGGAUUCGGACACCUCCCCCGGCCGCCGCACGCCAGCGGACCCGCAGCAGCACUCCCCCUGCGGCGCAGUGACCCGUGGGUCCGCCGGCGCCUCACCCUGCUCCCCCGCCUUCCAGCACGGCCACAGCCACAGCCAUCUGGUUUCGGAGCUGCAUGACAAGGCGGCCAUUCGCCGGGCUCAUCAACACGAGCAGCGACAAAGGCAGCAGCAGCAGGGACAACAACAUGGGCAGCAUGCAGGGUGCUGUGGCGGGGAUGGACGUGCUGGUGGUGGUGGUGGUGGUGGUGGGGCGGGUGCGGGCGAGGGGCCGCUGGUCAUCCCAGCCGACAUCCCCGAGGGUCCGCGCAUCACCUUGCGGCCGCACAGCAGGCCGGGCCUGCAGGAGGUGGCAGGUCUUCUCCGUCUAGCUCAUCUACUCGGGAACUACGACUACUGCUCCGGCACCUCCUGCUGGCCCCCCUCCUCCUCCUCCUCCUCCUCCCCCCCUGCUGGCUGGACUCCCUCCCGCCGUCUGGCGCUGCUGGCGUCCUUGUGCGACCUGGCGGCUGACACCAAUGCGCUGCGGGGCUCGCUGGAGGAGGCGGUGGAGGCGAGGAAGAAGGCGAGGGUGGAGGCCAUGGCUAUCCGGGCCCGGGCGAGGCAGAUCAUGGAGGAGCAGGCGGCCGCCAAGGCAGCAGCAGCCGCUGAGAAGGAGAACGCACCCGUGAAGGGGAGCGAGGGGGGGGCGGCCAACCCCAACGUGCCCGCGGGCAAGGGGCCGGGCGGUGGCGGCAAGGGCGGCAAGGGCGGCAAGAAGGG